CUUGGGAACCUGGGGGCCUGGGAGCCUGGGAGCUUGGGAACCUGGGGGCCUGGGAGCCUGGGAGCUUGGGAGCCUGGGUGCCUGGGGGCCUGGGAGCCUGGGGACCUGGAAGCUUGGGAGCCUGGGGGCCUGGGAGCUUGGGAGCCUGGGGGCCUGGGAGCCUGGGAGCUUGGGAGCCUG